UAACAUAACCAACAUUGCAAUAUCGAAAACUUAGGAUUAGUCUAGAGUUGAAAAUAAUUAUUUCAACGAUGCAGGCAGUCAAUCUUAAGAAAAAUCCAAAUUACGUUCACAUCGCAGAAAGAUGGAAGGACCACGUGCGCCAUGAACACCGGGCAUGGCGGAACUGGCCUGAAAGAUGGGGGUUCAUUACAAACGAGUAUACCCGAAUGUACAAACGUCUCAGAGGAGAGCAAGUCUCACCCGAUCCCGAAGACAAAUAUUUCUACGACGACUGUGAACGAGACGGAGAACGAGAGAGUUCAGUGGGCCCCGACGAAAGCAUUUCCCGCCGAUUCCACCCGUCCGACCAAUCAGUAUCACCGUCUCAUUCUGGCGCGAAACUCAAACACGCGUCAGCGUACAGCGACCUCCCAAACAUAAUCAACGGAUCAUCGUGGAAGGAGCGGCAGUCGCCGAACUCGACGUCGAUUGAGACUGUCGUCAACGUCACUGACAUUGAUGUCGCCCAUAAGGCGAAGUCUGAGAAGUUACCGACGAUCAAAACUGCGCCCCCAGCCGGCUACGCCCGCACGACGGCGUCUCUGAUUGGAUGGAAGCAAGCUAACAAGCUGGAGACGUUUGGCCGCAAUGCGAAGGGAUAUAAAGGCAUUUUGAAGCAGUUUAAUUGGCCAAUGCAAGGGAUCAUGUGACUUACAGUGGCGCCGUUUUCGCACUAGCAACCUAGCAUUGAGAAUUGUAAUUUUUUUUCCAAUGACAUAAGCGAGUAUCCAAACAAUUUCCCUUGCCACUUUAUUUUUACCCAGAACAUUUACGUCGGAGAUAUAAAAAAAA